GCGCGCGGCGCAGCGUAGGAGUCUACCCAGCGGUCCGGCCCGGUGACUGGAAGUGUGAGGCCUGCGGCGCCGUGGGCAGCUGGGCGAGCGCAGGGUCUUCGGCGGCGCCGGUCAGAGGCGGGACAAGGAGGCGCCGGCGGAGCCGCCGCCUCGCGGGGCCGGGGAGGGGCUCUGCCGGCGGUACCCCUGGAGGAGCCGCCCGCACCAGCCGUGGACACGUGUCAGCACGUUCCCGCGGUUGUCAUCUCAUCCCAUGUCAUAACUCCACCCCCAGGCCUGGAAACUACCCUCCCCCUCCAAUCCAUCCCAUUAUCCCCGGGGCUACCCCGUCGCGCUGACCCCGGUUCAGCGCCCAAGCCCUUCACGGACCAACCCAUUUUCCCCGGCCCAGAUCCCCUCUGAGGACAUUUGUCAGUAUGUUCUCCUCUUUGUCAUCUUAUUUCCCUGCCUAGCUCCACCCCAGGCCUGGGAACCCCGGUCCCUCCGGCCUAUUGUCCCCGGGCCCUGCCCUCGCCCUUGUCCGGCGAGUCUCCCGGUGACACUCCUCGGCCCGGGAUGCAGCCCUCGGGCUGGGCGACCGCCAGGGAGGCUGCCGGACGCGACGUGCUAGCCGCCGACCUCCGGUGCAGCCUUUUCGCCUCCGCCCUGCAGAGCUACAAGCGCGACUCGGUGCUGCGGCCUUUCCCCGCGUCCUAUGCCCGCCACGACUGCAAGGACUUUGAGACCCUGCUUGCAGAUGCCAGCUUGUUACCCAACCUGAAAGAACUUCUCCAGUCCUCUGGAGACAGAGACAGACGGGUCUGGGACCUGGUGAGCUGGAUUUUAUCAUCAAAGGGCCUGACAAUCCACAGUGCAGGGAAGGCAGAGUUUGAAAAGAUCCAAAAGCUGACGGGUGCCCCUCACACGCCUGUCCCUGUGCCGGACUUCCUGUUUGAAAUCGAGUAUUCCAACCCAGCCAACGCCAAAUUUUAUGAGACCAAAGGAGAACGAGACCUAAUCUACGCCUUCCACGGGAGCCGCCUAGAAAACUUCCAUUCCAUCAUCCACAAUGGCCUGCACUGCCACCUGAACAAGACAUCCUUGUUUGGGGAAGGGACCUACCUCACCAGUGACUUGAGCCUGGCCCUCAUUUACAGCCCCCAUGGCCAUGGGUGGCAGCGCAGCCUCCUUGGCCCCAUCCUCAGCUGUGUUGCUGUGUGUGAGGUCAUCGAUCACCCAGAUGUCAAGUGCCAAACCAAGAAGAAGGAUUCGAAGGAGAUAGAUCGCAGAAGAGCGAGAAUCAAGCACAGUGAAGGGGGAGACAUCCCUCCUAAGUACUUCGUGGUCACCAAUAACCAGCUGCUGCGAGUGAAGUACCUGCUGGUGUACUCACAGAAGCAGCCCAAGAGAGCUUCAAGCCAGCUCUCCUGGUUUUCCAGCCAUUGGUUUACGGUCAUGAUAUCCUUAUAUCUGCUGCUGCUGCUUAUAGUGAGUGUCAUCAGCUCCUCCACCUUCCAACACUUUUGGAAUCGUGUGAAGAGAUAAUCUCUCUGGGCCUGGCGUGGGAGCCACCGCAACCAUGUGCCUUAUGAUAACUUGCUCCAUACCUCCUGCAUCUCACAUCCAGCCAGGCUGAGCACGGAGGCCGGUUGGAGACCACAGGACAAUUUUCGUAUGCCAUAAAUGUUUCAGUUGCCUUUGAUGGUGCCCCCCAGCCACACUCUGGUCAACAGGGACCACCGGUCCCUUGCUCUUAGGUUUUGGGGGAGCCUGCUGUCUGCUCCCUCCUAAACAGUUCUAGGGAGUCAGCUUCUCAGCCAGGGCCAAAGGGAAAAAUCCUGUUGCAUUUAAAAACAAAGUGUCCAAGCUGUCAGUGCUGUGUUUACCAUUCCUCCUGGUGGAGUUUGGCCCUUUCUCUAAUGCCUUCUGGAAGGCGGAAAAUGUGUAGUGGGGACUAUAAAUCACCAGGCGGUUGCCUUGUUUUGACUCAAGACACCCAAGAGGAACAGUCAUGUUUCUCAUAAAAAUUGGUGGGAUCAUUCUUGAAUUCCAUCAGCCUUUGAGUGCAAAACAUUUUAACAAUUUUCUCAAAUCAACAGAAACAGCCUUCUGCUACAGCUGUCCUCUGUCCUCCCCUCCUCCCCUCCCAAACCAUGGAUGAGAAAGGAAGGAGUCAGAGGCCUGAUUAAAAAAAAUACAAACUUAAUGAGCAACUCAAGUUGUCUUUUUCUAAAAAUUACCAACUGCUGAUUACAGCUGAAAUGGAACCAAAUGUUUGUUUUCUGAUUUAAAAAAAAAUGAGCUAUUGGACAAAUUAGUCUUGGUGAGCUGAGUAAAAGGGAAUUUUUAAACCUAGAGCACCAUUUGUCCAUGUCGGUAGCCUGUUUUCUGGCUCUUUUUAGAGAAAGGGAUUUGAGCUGUGGGCUCACCUCUUGCUCUUGUUUUCACGAAGCUGCCUUGAUUGUGGCCUGUCAGCGCCUGUACACCCUGCAGGGCUUUGGAGGGCCACUGGCCUUCGAGACAGGGGCCUGCCCCGGUGUGCCACGGCUCUGCAGGGACCCAGCCUCCCUCAGAGGGGCCGCAGGUCUUUGGGGACUCAGUCUGGGCUUUACCUGUGGAAGAAAAGCCACCUGGCUGCCCAGAGAGCCACAGCCCUCCUUGCUGUAUUCUCUCUUCUCUCCUUCCUGCUGGAUUUCAGGUAUAAUGGAGACCUCUCAGUUUCGUGUGCGUGCGUGUGUGUGUGUGUGCGCGCGCGCAUGUGUAUGUGAGAGAGAGAUUUCUGUAAAGAAAGGGGAAAAGUCUUUUUUCUAUAAUUUGUAAAGUUGUAAAAGAGCCACCAUCAUGGCUUUUUACAUUGAAUAUUGGAACAUUUCAAAAAUAAUAAUAAAGAUACUUUCCUAA